AUGGAAAUUGUUUUAAAUAAUAUUGAAAAAAUCGAUAUAUUUGGUGUUCCUAUUUGUCUUCUAUCUAAUAAAAAUAAUUAAAGAUACUAAAGCAAAUUAGGAGGGAUAAUAACAAUUUUAUUAAGUGGUUUAAGUUUAAUGUACUUUUUAUAUGUAAUUGUCCUUUGGAUAAACAAUGAAAUAGCACCAACCAUAGGCUCAAAAUAAAAAACCAUUGGUUAUGCUGAAUUUUCAAUAUAAGAAUCAAUGAUUGAAUUAUCAUUGGAAGAUUUUACUGGUGAUGUUGAUCCUUUCAAGAAAGAGAAUAAUAUAAUUACACCAUUAUUAGUUACAUUCAUGAAUACUACUGUUAAAGAAAAACCUAUUCCUUUGUAUUCAGAUAACUAAAAUCCUUAUAGAAUUGAAUUAAAUAAUGUAAGCCUUGUGCUGAAUACAUUGGAUUCUUACGAUGAAACAAAAAAAGUAUAAGAAUAGCAUGCAAUCGUUCUUGCAAGAUGUUCAGAUGAAUUUCUUAUAGAAGGAAGUUAUUGUGCUGAUGAUAAAAUAAUAGAUGACUAUUUAUCUAGAUUUCAUGGGUUUUUAUUUAUUAAAAUUAAAUUAAGUUAAUUAAAUUUAAUAACAAAAGAAUUAGAAUUAUUUAAAAAAUUAUUUUAUUUAGGCUUUGACGCAAGAAAACCUUAAUACUCUCAAAUAAUGUUAAAAUAAUAAUAAUCAAUUAUUGAUAAUGGUAUUUUAUUUAAUGAUUAUUAAAAUUUUAAUUUUUUAAACAAUUAUGAAUUGAUUAAUUAAGAAACAGACAAAACAUAUGUAAAAAAUGUGAUUAAUGGAAUGUCGAAUUUUAAUUAUAAUUUUGAUAGCUAUGGUUGUUAUUUAUUUAGGAUAGAUAAUAUUUCAAUUGUUGAAGAAAUAACUUAUCCUAAAUUAGGGUCUGUAUUAGCGUAAAUUGGAUCUAUUAUCUAAUUAAUCUUCAUGUUCAAAUAUGUAGUAUUAUACUACAAUAAUAAUUUAUCAGAAAAUUAGUUAUUAAAUGAAAUUAUUACAAUGUAUUAUCCUGAAUUUAAGCAAUUCUAGGUGAAUUUCUUAAAUCUAUUUAAAUUUGAUAAAUAAGAUUUAAGUAUUCAUUGUUAAUCAAUACAGAAUUUGAAAUUAAAAUAUUAGCUCUUGUAAAAAGGAGCAAAAGAAAAGUGUAGAUUAACUAAUCUGCUUUAUGAAAUUUCAAGAAUAUAAUUUAUUCUUUAAGAAAAAUUUGGAGAUUAAAUUUUAUCAUAAAGUCAUUAAAUGGGAGGGAAACUUUUAAACUCAUAAAUAGAAUUACAAAGCUUAAAGGAAUCAAAUCGGUUAUAAAUUAAACCUAUAGAUUCAAUUGAUUUGGAGAAUUAAUGUUCUUCUAUAGAUCCAUUAGAAAU